ACUGGCUUUGGACCGCGCUAUCCUAAUCCGCGAGGACCUUAGCGGACGCAAAACCGCGCUCAGAGGCUUCGCAUUGGUGUGCACUACUGCCCCAGCGCGUGCCAGCUCUUCUGGAGGCCGCGCGGCGACGACAGGAGGCAUCCUAUCUUUAGCGCCAAACCGACGCUAAGAUGACCGCGGACACCCAGGAGCCGGAAGAACCGGCUCCAAGCACCCAUACGGGCUGCGAAAAGCCCCUCCCGGCGUUUAGCGGCGGCCUCUUCGGCGGCACACAAAUAGUUUCCGCGCCGCCGCCGCCCCUUCGGGUCACCGCCCCCAAGACGCCCGCGCCGCCGGAAAAGGAGGACGCGCCCUGCGCCUCGGUCACGUCCGGGAGCUCCGAGGGCAGUGCGACGCCGGACGGCGCCUCGGACGAGGAAAAUAUUAGCGCGCCGAAGCUGCCGGCGCUCGAAACAAAGGCGGACGAGGCGCCGGCCGACGACGCGACGCCCGAGCAGGACGACGUCGCCGCCGCGUCUGAUGAUGAUGAUAAGAUGGUCGAAAAGGCCGCCACCGAUGAGGACGGGCCUACCGUCGAGCUCGCGCCGGCCGCGGCGGAAGACGGCGACGACGCCGCCGACGAGAAGGAGGCCGCCGACGCCGCGUCCGACGACGACGUGGCGGAAGACGCCGACGACGCCACGCCCGAGAAGGCGGCGGAAGAAGAAGCGUCGCACGACGACGCGACGCCCGAGAAGGCCGCGUCCGAUGACGACGCUUCGUCAAAACCAACAAAAAUCCCCAAGCCCCGCGGCCGCGCGCCCCAAGGCAAGGCCUGGGACCCCGACCAAGGCCGGUGGGCGACACAAGUCGACGAGUCGGACGAUGACGAGACGCUGGACGUGAUGCGACAGCGGGCGUCGCGGAGCGCUUCCGUCGAGGAAGAUGUAGUAAGGCCCGCGCGCACGGAGUCUCUGGAAGAUGUUGAGUCCCGGUUCCUUUGUGGGGGCGCGACGCCGCCGCAGAAGGAGCAGGAAGAUGAACCGACGCCCGAGAAGGCGUCUGAUGAGGAGCCACAACCAGAGAAGAACGAGAACACGGGUCGCUGGACCGACGACGAGCACGCGCGGUUCCUCCGAGGGUUGGAGCUGUUCGGGAAGAAGUGGUCCAAGGUCGCCGACGUCGUCCAGUCGCGCACGACGAUCCAGGUCCGGAGCCACGCCCAGAAGUACCUCAAAAAGUUCGAAGAGGACAGCGACGAUGAUGAAGAAACUUUGGAGGCGAUGCGCCUCAAGUCGCAGGACCGCGACUACCAGUUGAAGAGGGACGAAGAGCGCGAGAAGAAGGCGCAACUGCGCGCGAGGCAGGACUUAGAUCAGCUUUCUGUGAAGGAGUUCGCAGCUGGUGAGAAAGUAGAAGCUAGAUUUGGCCGGGGCUGGUUCCCUGGGGUUAUUGACAAGUGUAUCGAGGGCGGCUACUCGAUCAAAUGGGACGAGGACUCUACGUACAAUGACGUGCUGGCGAGAGACGUCCGGAAACGAACCGCGGACGACGACGUGUCUCAAGCGGCUCGGGCCUUGCUCGCGGCGAAGGACGACACGAUCCUACCUUCUUCCCACAAAGUUUCUGCAGAAACUUCGUCAGAAGAAACUUUACGGUGGCUCGACGGCUUUGAAACGAGACGCUGGGUCGAGAGGCUCGUAUCAAGUAUAGACGACGCGUCCCAGCAACCGAAGGACGAGUACGCCGAACUCAGCAACUCGCAGCUACGAGCCUUGAUGCGGAAGAACGGCAUCGGGCGCGGGUCCUAUGAUACGCGAGGCGAUUUUGUCAGGAAGCUGCGGAAGCAUGGCGUGCCCCCGAAGGAAGAACCUAAAGAGGUUGUGGUCAAGCCCGUCCUGUUGGAUACGUCGAAGGUCCAGGUCGGGGCUUCUGUUGCCAAGCGCUUCCCGGGCUACGGCGUGUAUCGGGGUGCCAUCGAGGCGAUCGACGGAGAUGAUGUUACCGUAAGGUGGGACGAUGGGGAUAGCGUUACUUGGUCUAGGAAAGAAGCCGCUCGUCGAGUGGUCAAGGAGGCGCCUUCACAGAAAGUCGUGAAGAAGAAGCCGGCGCGGCGGCAGCCCGUGGUGCGACCGGCUCUCGUGGACGUCGACGACCUGCUGGAGCGAGACGUGCGCAUCCAGCGAACGUCGAAGCCGCGGCAAGCGAGAUUCGAGCGGUGUACGGGCGCGACCUCAGCUAGGGAAUAUCUGAGGUUAGGUGGCCAGAAGAAGGACCUGCGCUACGACGUCUCGAACGGGUUCUUCGUGGAGGUCGACGUAUGCUCCGGCGUCUUUUGUACCUUCAAAUUUCGUCUUCGUGAGACCGCGUCGACGGCGUCGCCGUGGUCGCGCGAGAGUCCCCGCGGCCACGUCGCGCCACGCCAUUCCACGCAGGGCGACUCCAUCCCCUUCCGCGUCAAGAAGGACGAUAAUCAACUGACCAUGGAUCCAGUAGUAGAAGAUGAAGCCAGCGAAGCGGAGGAGGAAGAGCGGCACUGGGUCACGGGCAUCGGCUGGAAGCCCGGUCCCGCGCCGGCCAAGACCGCCAGUCGUGCGGAGCGCAUGGCCAUCUCGCCCUCGUCUCCGACGUCUGCGAAGAACUGCGCGGAGUACGUGCCGCGGUCGUCUACUCACUUCGGGCCCAGAUUUGAGUGUCCCGCCGGUUGCGGUCGCGCCUUCGACCACGCGCCGGCGGCCGCGGCGCAUGGGAAGGCUUGCACGGGGGAGGAUGAUGGCAGGCGACGCUCACCUGUUUCUAGGGGAGACAAUAAGCGCUUCCCCUGCCCCGCGGGCUGCGCUCGGACCUUCGACCAUGCUCCGGCCGCGGCGGCCCACGGCAAGACGUGUUCCGGUUCGUCUGUGAUACCGGACGACGACUGGGCGGCGACGGCUCGCUCGUUACUGAGGGAGAUCCGUGGUGAACGGGAACGAAACCGGUACGCGAAUCUGGAGGAGUUGAGGCCCGCUCUGACAAGAUGCGGUUUUAGUGGAACGCCGCCGCCGUGGCGCGCGGGCUACUGCGGCGUGUCGACGCCGGCGAACUUCCCCGAAUCUUCUCGGAUUCGAUCCCUAGCUCAACUCGUGAACUACCUCGAGGGCGCUCUGUCCAAGGGCGGCAAGGCCCCCCCUCCAGAAAAAGUACAAGAGGCCGACGACGACGUCGACGACCAAUUCGCGGCCAUGUCGUCGUCGCAGCUGCGCAGCGCCAUGCAGUCUAGAGGUAUUGGGCGCGGGGCCUACGACACGCCCGUGGAUUUUAGGAGGAAGCUGCGGGCCUACGAGGCCAAGAGACCCCGUAGUAGUGACGAGGAUGACCGAGAGGUGAAGCGAGCGAAGACUGAUGACUCCUCGUCGCGGUUCACGGGCGUCUCGCACGACAAGCGCAACGGCAAGUGGUACGCGAGUAUCUGUCAUCGAGGGGCCAAGGAGCAACUAGGCGCCUUUGAGCAAGAAGAGGAAGCUGCUCGAGCUCAUGACGAGGCGAGAGUCAGGUACGGGAAGAAGGCCGUGAACUUUCCGUCGUCUGACGAUGACGAGGCCGAGUUCUCUGUUGGCGCUAGAGUCGAAGUGCGGUGGCGCAAGAAGUGGUAUCCCGCGGUCAUAGAUGCUAUUUACGACGGUGGUGGUUCCUAUGAAGUGGAGUGGAUUGGAGAUGGGCGGUUCAAUCGCGUGACCGCUGCUUCUGUUAGAGGAGUGCCAGCUUCUCCUCGAUCGGUCGUGGAGAAAAGAGGUCGGGCGUCGUCGGAGUUCUGCGAUUCAGAUGACGAAGUGAUGCCGGCGAAGAAAAUAAGAGGGUCGCCGGAGGGCACGGAGAAGCUCAAGGCGGAGCCGCUCGUUGCGCAGGAGUUCGAGCUCGGCGUGCGCGUCGAGGCCAAGUGGAACGGGCGCUACUAUCCGGCAUCGGUCCACCGCUUCGACAAGGGCCGGUACGAAGUCAUGUGGGACGACGACGAGGGGUACAACUGGGUGCCGGCGAAGGCUCUUAGGGCGGCGAAGUAG